AUGCGCGCCCUGCUGCUGCUGCUGCCGCCGCUGCUGCUGCUGCUCCUGCGCGCCGGUGCGGCCGUCGACGAACCCACUCCUGGCGACGAUGAUGACGACGCCGCCGAGCCGGUGCUGUUCGUCGACGCGCUGCUGGGCUCCAUCGGCGGCGGCAACGUCUUCGCCGGCGCUUCGCUGCCGUACGGGCUGGCCAAAGCCGUGGCCGACAUCCACGUCGACGGCGCCGCGACGCCCGCCGCCUUCACGCCCGACGGCUCGCGCGUCACCGGCUUCUCGCACGCCCACGACGCCGGCGCGGCCGGCCGCCCGUCGCUGGGCUGGUUCCCGCUGUUCCCGCAGCUCUGUGCUGCUGGCGCCGACCUGGCCCGCUGUCGCUUCACCCGCGCCGCCCGCGCCAUGCACUAUCUCAACGACUCCGUCGUGCCCGCGCCCGGCUUCUUCUCGCUGGCCCUCGAGAACGACAUCGUGGCCGAGAUGACCGUGUCGGCCCACGCCGUGCUGUACCGCUUCCAUCUGCCGCUGUGGAACGACUCGCGCCCGCGCGACAUCGCCGCCGCCGCCGACGCGCCCGUCGUGCUGCUCGACCUGUCUGACCUGCCCGGCUCGCGCCAGUCGGCCUGGGUGGCCGUCGACCGCCGCUCCGGCCGCAUCGCCACCAACGCCACCUUUCGCCCCAGCUACGGCGCCGGCGAGUACGUCGCCCACGCCUGCGUCGACUUCGCCGGCGCCGCGGUCGCCCACACGGGCGUCUAUCUCGACCAGCGCGCCGCCGAGCAUCCAGCCACCCUGCACGUCCCGCGCGGCGCCGGCCCGCACGUCGUCGAGGCCGGCGCCUGGGUCAGCUUCGUGCCCGCCAACGAGACCGUGCUCGCUGCCCGCGUCGGCCUCAGCCUGGUCAGCGUCGACCAGGCCUGCCGCAAUGCCGACCGCGAGAUCCCUCGCCCCUGGGAUUUUAACGACGUCUGGACCCGCGCCGAGCGUGCCUGGGGCGACAAGAUGCGUCCUCUGCACGUUGAACCCGGCGAUGUCAGUGACGGCCUGCUGCGCAUCUUCUGGAGCGCCGUCUAUCGCUCCAUGAUCUCGCCGCAGGACUACACCAGCGAAAACCCGCGCUGGGCCAGCGCCGAGCCCUACUUCGACUCCUUCUCCUGCCUGUGGGACUCCUUCCGCACCCAGCUCCCGCUCCUCGCCAUCCUCGACCCCGCCGCCCUGGCCCGGAUGAUCCGCAGCCUGCUCGAUACCUACCUCCACGAGGGCUGGCUGCCCGACUGCCGCACGGCUCUGUCCCCGGGCUUCUCGCGCGGCGGCUCCAGCGCCGACAUCGUGCUCACCGACGCCUAUCUCAAGAACGUCAGCGAGGGCAUCGACUGGAACGUGGCCUUCGACGCCAUGGUCAAGAACGCCGAGCAGGAGCCCUACGACUGGUCCACCAAGGGCCGCGGCGGGCUCAUGAGCUGGAAGGCCCUCGACUACAUCCCCGCCCUGGACUUCGACUACAUCGGCUUCGGCGCCAACUCGCGGUCCAUCUCGCGCACGCUCGAGUACUCCUACAACGACUACUGCAUCGCCACGCUGGCCCAGAAGCUGCGCAAGGAGCCCGCCCUCUUCCACAAGUACCUCAAGCGCGCCGACAACUGGCGCAACCUCCACCGCGAGGACCAGAACUCCACCGUCGACGGCGAAGACUCGGGUUUCCGCGGCUUCCUGCAGCCGCGCUACGCCAACGGCUCCUGGGGCUUCCAGGACCCCACGCGCUGCAGCCUGCUCGACGAGCCGUGCUCGCUGACCGUCAACCCGCAGGAGACCUUCGAGGGUAGUAUCUGGGAAUACCAGUUCUUCGUCCCGCACAACAUCGCCAACCUCGUGCACCUCUACGGCGGGCCCGACAACUUCACCGCGCGGCUCGACAUGCUGCACGACCUCGACCUGGCCGACAUGGGCAGCGCGCCGGCGCUGCUCACGCCCUUCCUGUACCACUACGCCGGCCGGCCGGCGCUCUCGGCGCUGCGCAUCCACUCGUACAUCCCGUCGCGCUUCAACAGCUCGCGCAACGGGCUGCCGGGCAGCGACGACGGCGCCGCGCUGGCCGCCUUCACCGUCUUCGCCAUGAUGGGGCUGUUCCCCAACGCCGGCCAGGACGUCUACCUCAUCACCCCGCCCUUCUUCGCCGCCGUGCACCUCACCCACCCGCUCACCAACCGCACCGCCACCAUCCGCUCGCGCAACUUCGACCCGCGCUACCGCGCCCUCUGCAUCCAGUACGCCACCCUCAACGGCAAGCCCUACACCAAGAACUGGAUCGGCCACGACUUCUUCACCCACGGCAUGACCCUCGAGCUCACCCUCGGCGAGGAGGAGACCGACUGGGGCACCAAGCCUGAGGAUCUGCCGCCCAGCAUGAAUAUCGCCUCCAUGCCGCUUGUGUAG